CCGCACGGGUCCCAUGGGACGGCUUCUCGAUGCGAAGCUGUACCCUGCGAAGACUGGACCGCAUCCGGAAACCGACAUCACGAGAUUCGACCAGCCGGGCGUGUUCAUGAGAAAGCGGCUAGAAUGAUGGAAGAAGCGGGAAUGGGGCCGUGCCAGGUACCCAAGGAUGUGGAGAAGGACAUAGAUUGUCGGCCGUACGCUCGGCGGCCCAAGAUCAAGGUGAAACAUGACGCGAUAGAAAAAGCGAAGAAGAAGCCGAAGAAAGCGAUGGAGGAUGAACAGGAGACGCGAUUACCCGCCUGGCGGUCGGAAUACCAAGAGACGAUCAACAGAUUAGGCCAAAUGAUCAUGAAACACAAAAUUCACGGCAAGAGUUCGGUUGGGCCUACGUGGGCGAUGGCCGUCUCAAAUUAAUUUAAUUGUAAUCACGAAAUUCGUUUCGAAUAAUCAUAUUAAAUGAUGUCAUUGUGAUCAGUGUGUAUCAGUAUUGUUCCUUUAAUUCUUUCCCAAAUUGUGAGAAAAUAAAAAUACCUUCGAACGUUUCGAAAGCUUCGUAAAUUCAAAAUAGUAAAUUAUGAUAAUCGAAAGAAACGUGUUAUUGUGAAGUUAUCAGUUUCGAAAGAGCGUGCAUAUAUUUGAAAAUAGUUUUGGAAGAAGGUUGAAGUUGGUCGACAAGCAAUAAGUGUAAUUCGCAGCAUGGAAGAUAGAGAAAUUACGUAAGAUUUUUUUUUUUAGAGGGAUAUAUAGCGCGAUUCAAAUUCUGCGUGAAAAUGCAUAAAAUAUUAUAAAAUUUUCUAUCGACGAUGCGUUCCACGGAUUGAAAUCGAAAAAUGACAACCUUGUCUCCAAAUCAUACCCGUGGCAAAUUAACCGACGAGUAAGUCCCUCUAUCAUAACCUAAAAGAAAAAAAAAAAAAAAAAAAAAAA